AACAAUAUUUUUUUUUGACAGUUCAUCGACAAGUUCAAGUUGAGUUGUCGCACGAUGUAAAGUUUAGUUUAAUUUAAAAAUCAUAAUUAAAGUUUAUGUAAAUUACAUCGAUUGCAUUACUAGCCACUAAACACAAUUUAAUAUAAUAGUUCUUUAAAAAUAUAACAUUAAAAGUUAACCGAGCGAGGUUAGAACCGCUUGUCAAGUACACGUAUGCAGCUAUGUUACUUACGUUCAGUUUUUGUGAUUUUUGAGUGAAAUGACGUGAAAAGAACCCUUAGAAAACACAGGAAUAAAAAUGUUGCCCCUUACGCAAAAGGACACUAGGGUUCCGCGUGGAACCCUUGGUGGAAUACGUGAAAAGCUACAAAACUGGAUGAGACUAAUUUAUUCUGAUAAGAAUUCGAGGAAUUUAUUUAUGUUCCUUAUACUAAACUUAUCCUUUGCUUUUGUCGAGUUAUUUUAUGGUAUAUGGACAAAUAGUUUAGGUCUAAUUUCGGAUGCAUUCCACAUGUUCUUUGACUGUACGGGGUUAGUGGCGGGGCUGGCUGCGUCGCUAGUGUCCAAAUGGCGCGCAAACGAACGAUACUCAUACGGAUACGCGAGAGCUGAAGUCCUGGCCGGAUUUGUUAAUGGACUGUUCUUAUUAUUUAUUGCAUUUUUCAUCAUGAGCGAGGCUGUAGAAAGGGCUAUUGAGCCUCCAGAGGUGAAACACGAGCGGUUACUGUUGGUGUCUAUACUAGGAUUCUUAGUAAACAUGGUAGGCAUAUACGCGUUCCACCACGGGCAUGGUCACGGGCACGGCGGGCACGGACACUCGCACGGCGGCGGCGGGCACGGCCACUCCCACAACAACCACCAUCACGGACACUCGCACGACGGGGAGCCCGAGGCCCCCACGGGCGCCGGCUCCGCCAUCAUGCGCGGCGUGUUCCUGCACGUGCUGGCCGACACGCUCGGCUCCGUCGGCGUCAUCAUCUCCGCCAUCCUCAUGCGCAUGUUCGGCUGGAUGCGGGCCGACCCCAUCUGCUCCAUGGCCAUCGCGCUCCUCAUAGCCGCGAGUGUCAUACCUCUAGUGCGCGACUCCGCGGGAGUGCUCAUGCAACGGACGCCAACCUCGCUCGAGCGCGCGUUACCUAACCUAUACACGCGGGUGGUGGGCCUGGCCGGCGUGCACGCGGUGCACGAGCCGCACUUCUGGACUCUGUGCAGUGACGUGCACGUGGGCGCGCUCAAGAUCGAGGUGGCGAAGGAGGUGGACCCUCGCUACGUCACGGAGCAGACGUCGCGGAUCUUCCGGGAAGUGGGAGUCAAACAUUUAACGGUACAACUCGACUACUACCCGCUCUGAUGCGAUUGCUUGAUGUACACUCCACAUGUCCACACAGUGGAUUCAUGUUUUGUAUAUAAGGAAAAAUAAGUUAGAUAAAUGUACUGUGCAAUUAUGAUUUCGUCGGAAUGAUGGUAGGUUCAAUUUUUGUAUGAUUUAAUAUAUUGUGAUGAAGAAAUUCUUCAAUUUUAUUUUUACUGGUACAAUUCUAUGGUAAAAAAGUAAUGCCUGCAAAAUUACCAGCUUGAAAAGUAUUGGUUUAAUGUAUAUUAGCAUAAAUUGUAUGUUAUAAAAAACAACAGUGUAGUAUAUUUUUUAUAGUAUUUUUAUUUGUAUUUCAUUUUAUUUGUAUUCUAACAUUCCAAUUAAUAAAUCGAUUUAGUAACUUCCCUAAUUUCAAAUAAUUACUGAAAAUGAAAAUAAUGACUGUUGCCUCGUACUAAAUGAUUACGAAUUAAACAAGUUUAGCUAAUUGAUAGUUAAUUUACAAUUAAAUUAUUUUUGUGGUUUCUUAUAAUGUGUGAUAUACUCGUUCUAAUUAUUUUUAAUUUAAAAAAUAAGAGGAACGAACAUAAUGUGAGAAAUGUUGCGUGGAUAUACAGGUACAUAAUGAUCAUGCUCUUUAAUAUAAUAUAGGUCAUAUUUAAUCAUUCAUAUAUCGAACCAUGACCCAAAAUAGUGUAGUUAGAAAAAAAUGCAUUUAAUUUUUACUAAAAUUCCAAUUUCAAAUAUUUAAAUGUACUAGUUUACGCGCUAAGGGAUGUGUCAAAGAAACUUUGGUGCAUUAUUUAUAUAAAUAGUUAGUAUAAAAAAAAAUCACGCUGUUACAUACUAUGAUACUAUACUUCAGUUUCUUAUCUAAAAUAUCUACUUUGCAUCUUGUCUUUGAAACUUUUACCCUCGAAUGACUUACCUUGUAAUCUAGCGUGCCAUUUUAAACCCGAAAACUGAGUAUUAUACAUACUUUACAUAAUUCAAACUUUUGAUAAUAUAUUCAUUCGUAAGUACAGUAAUUCAUAUAUUUAGUAGUACGAUAGCUUCACGUUGUAAAUCGAGAAAAGAACCUUUAUAUUAUACCGUCUUCAAGGGUACUGGCAAAA